AUGUCUUUGACCUACCCGCACUGUCUUAUUCGGAUUGCGAUUGGAAUUGACCAGUCUUUGGAUGGAAUGCCACCAGAUUUCCAGAAACUUGUCAAAAAAUUGGUGCACAAAUUCCGAGCUUUAGAAGUUCACACUCUCUCAGUCAGUGACACAGAUGCAGACAAAAUUCCUAAGUUUGCUGAUCGACAUCGCAAAGAUAUCCAACUUGUCCGGCGGCGGAAACUCGCUAAAGUUCGCAAUGCACUGCUUUUCAGUGCAUUGCGAGAUGAGAAAUAUGUCUUUUGGCUUGAUAGUGAUGUAAGAGAGGUUCCAGCAGACAUUUUACAGACUCUGAUCUCAGCCCAUGUACCUGUUGUUGUACCAUCCUGUCUCUACCGAAAAUCUCUUUCUGAAUUUGAUGUUUAUGAUCGGAAUUCUUGGAGAGAGACUGAAGAAUCACGCAAAUUUCUUAACAGCAAAGAUAGAAACUUUCUUAUGCUUGAAGGUUAUGAAAACAAAACUCUUCGACGUUAUCUUCCACAUUUAGCCAGUGAGGGAUCUCUGGUGAAGCUUGAUGGUGUAGGAGCCUGCUGUCUCCUUGUUGAUGCCAAUGUUCACAGACAGGGAGCAAUUUUUCCUUUCUAUCUUGUUAAUAACCAUAUAGAAACUGAAGGUUUUGCACAGGUGGUAAAACUCCUCGGAUAUCAAUCUUAUGGAAUGCCUAAUGUCAGUGUAAUCCAUUGA